UCCUGUUCAGUCCCGGAAGGAAGAAGCUCGGAGAUGCUGCGUAACGCGCAUGCGCAGUAGCAGCCGCCGGUAGAAGGAGUCUCCGCCGUCGGAAGCUCUGAGGGGAAGACGCGAUGCCGGAUUACCUGGGAACCGACCAGCGCAAAACCAAAGAGGAGGAGAAGGAGGACAAACCCAUCCGCGGUGAGCCGGGGGCUGCUGCGGAAAAGAAAAGCCCCCUGACGCCCAUUCCCUGGGCGCCCGUUGGGGUUCCAGUGCGCAUGCGUGCCUCUCGGAUGCCCCUCUGCUUAUUUGCGCCCCCUCCCUUCUCUCCCCCCACCCAAACCCUGGUACCCUACAGAUGUUUUGGAUCUGCAGAUGAAGGGCGGUGUGUGAAUUCAAUUUAAUUUAAAAUCUUGCCCCCCCCUACGUUAAACGUAGAAUUAUAGAAUCUUGGAGUUAGAAGGGAACCUGAGGGUCAUCCAGUCCAACCCCCUGCAAUGCAGGAAUUUCAGCUAAAGCAUCCAGGACAGAGGGCCAUCCACCCUCUGCUUAAAAACCCCCACUGAAGGAAAGUUCACAACCUCCCGAGGGAGCCCGGUCCACUGUCAAACAGCUCUUACUGUCAGAAAGUUCUUCCUAAUGUUGAGUCUGAAUCUCCUGUCUUGUAACUUGAAUAAAUAGGUUUGGGUCCUCUGGAGCAGGAGAAAACAAGCUUGCUCCAUCUUCUAACCCUGUAGGUUCUGUUGCUCUUGUUAGUCCCAUAUUACUGAUGUGGCUGAAUUGUUGCACUGGCUGCUGUUACGCUGCCCAGCCAAAUUUAAGGUCUUGCUAUUGACAUAUGAAGCCCUGAACAACUUGGGACCAGGUUAUCUUUGGGAAAGCUAUACAUUAUACACCCUUCCCAGUCACUUCAGUCCUUGAGAGAGGCACUCCAUGGGGCCAUUUGGUCCCAAAGUUGGUUAUGUUCACUAAGAUCAGAGCCUUUAGUGUGACAACUCCUUCCCUUUGAGAUGUGCUUCUGCUGGACAUCAGGUAGAUGUCUACAUGGUAUUGGCGUUUAGGCACCUGCUUAACAUUCACCUAUUCACUCAGGCUUUGCCUGAUGUGAUGCAACUGUGUUGAUGUAUUAAUUUGAUGUACCGGUUUGUGAUGUGUUUAUUUUAUGGGUAGAAUUGCAUUUUUGUAUUUUUACUUAUCUGCUGCUUGCCACCAUAUAUAGUUUAAUGUUGGCAGUACAUACAUUUUUGCAAAUAAUAAAACAGAAAACUUAUGUCCAGAUUCUGUGUCUUCAGACUGUUGGUGGGAAGUCGUACAAAAUGCAGUUGUUUCACUUUUUAAUAUGAUCUGUGUUAUAUGUCUUUCAGCUUUGGAUGAAGGUGAUAUUGCUUUGUUGAAAACCUAUGUAAGUAUUUGUUGCAGUUACAGCUUCAAAAUUAAAAAAAAACCUAGUAAUAUUGGAGUGUUUGGGAAACAUCCACAUUAACCAACUGGGAGGAGUGAACAGUCCUAAAAGACAUACUUUGAGUAAGCCUCACUGAAAAUAGCAGGGUUUAGUUCUAAGUAAACAUGCAUAAAUUUGUGAGUUUUGCUGCUUCAGCUGGAAGAUUUCACUUUCAUCUAAAGUAACAGCACCUCAAAACAAAAUCCAAUUUGGAAUAAGCAAAUCAGAAGCCUAAAUAUUACAGUUUCAUGUGUGGUUUGGUGAAAAGAUGAAAAUUGCAGAUUGCUGAGCCAACUGGAUUUAAGUAAAUGUGUCUUAUUUGCAAAGAGCUGUGUAAGGGUUCAUAUCUCAUGAUUAACAAGAUCUGUCAAAAUUCAACAUUUGCUUGAAACUUUGCAGAACUGCAGUGCCUACUACCAAGCUAGAUUGACCAGUGGCCGGAUUAAUAAGGUUUAUCUGUUCAUAGGUCUGCAUUUGGGAAGUAUCUGUUCAAGUCCCAUUCAUAUAUCCACUAGUUUGCCUUACUUUUUCUAAUCCAGGGCCAGAGUACAUACUCGAGGCAGAUCAAGCAAGUUGAAGAUGAUAUUCAGCAGCUGCUUAAGAAAAUCAAUGAGCUCACGGGUAUGUCAUUUUAGGGUUCAUUGAAAGCAUAUAUCUUUUUCAUUUUAGUUUUGCCCUUUCAGUUAUGGAGCAUAUGGGCCUGUCGUUCACUACUGCUCACUCCCAAGAAAAACUCCAAAUAGGAAGGGUUGUUGAACAAAACAAAGGAACUGAAAACAAAGAAACCUUCAUGGGCAGAGAAAAAGGGGAAACAUGAGAGAGGAGAUGAUGUCAGAUACAGAGAGCGGCUUAAUUUUGACAAUUGGGAUUUUGAAGCUGACAUGGAAAAGGAUAACCAAUGUACAAUUGAAUAUCUAGUGUGGUGUAAUUGUUAAGACUGCGAGCUAAAAGCCCCCAGUUUAAAUCUCCUAAAAUGCUCCCCCAGGAAGGUUUGCAAACCUGUUGAGUAUUACAUAGCAUUGAUGCAAGUGGCAGAGUGGUUUUUCCUUUUUGUCAUGUUUAUGUUGCAUUUGCUGCUGAAACUAAUUGAAGCAAACUAGUGCUUGAAGCAAGCUAUAGCACAGCAUUGACCUGAGUGGCAAAGCAAGUGGUUUUUCUGCUUUUGUUUUUUAGGUAUUAAGGAAUCAGACACUGGCUUGGCUCCCCCUGCUCUCUGGGAUCUCGCUGCAGAUAAGCAAACUCUUCAGAGUGAGCAGCCACUGCAAGUGGCAAGGUAUGCAGAUACUUUAUCUGGUCAGCCAUAGGAGCAAAUAGUUAUAAAAAUGCAUAGCGAUAUAGCCGUUGCUUCUAUCCUCCACAUGUAAUGUGCAAUCCCUGUUGCAAACAAGUAACAUAGGGUCCUUUCCAGUAUAACAUAUGGAGUUAUGCUACAACAUAAAUAUUAAAACUUUGCUAUUUGCAUCUAUCUGUUUCCUAGGAGCUUUAAUUUAAUGUUUCAUUCUGACAUUGUAGCUUAAGGCCCGGGUGUUUGAAAUCCCUGGGGGUGGAGUAGGUUACACUGAAAGCAGUCUUUAGUUGGAUAUUUAAAGUGCCACUUCUUAUGCUGUUCAUGAUUAUUUAAGUUUUAGGGAGAAAAAGAAAUAUGGUAGAAGGAAGAGUUUUUAGUUAUGGUUACGUAGGCAAGGGCAGCAGAAAUUUAGCCGUCCUGUAAGUUCUUCAAGAAACCUGGACUUCGAAUGACACUUGGCUGUCAGGCACAUUAAACCCUCAUUUGCUCACAGAUUGCUUGUUUAAUUACUUUUCUCUUCUGGUUAGAUGCACCAAGAUAAUCAAUGCAGAUUCUGAGGAUCCUAAGUACAUUAUCAAUGUGAAGCAGUUUGCCAAAUUUGUGGUUGAUCUUAGUGAUCAGGUGGCACCCACUGACAUUGAAGAAGGGAUGAGAGUUGGGUGAGUUGAUACCAAUAUUUUUACUGUUCUUAGUUUGAGUUACUUGACUUAGUCAUCGAGUCCAGAGGAUUGAAUGCACAUUUAUAUUUAUAGGAAAAUAUAUAUAUGUUGCCUUCCUGCCCUAAACAGGGCUCCCAAGGUGGUUUACAAUAGCACAAUGCAAUUAAAAGAUGGAAUGCAUUCGAACAAGCCAUGGUAGAACAAGUGAAAUAGUUUUCAAGCGGUAUAAACAUCUUUGAUUGCCUGCCUAAAAUACAUGCAAGGGGCCAGUCUAACAUCCAGUGAGCCAGCACGUUGGAUUUGGGACUGGAAACUGAAAUAAUAUUUUCUUAUAUUGCUGCAUAGCAAAGUUCCCUGAGAGGUUUAUAAUAGAAAAAAAUUGUAGAGUAAAAUACAACAAGCUCGUAAAAUGGAACACAAAACAAUAUCAAUAUCAUACGUAAGGAUUUUAAUAAUUCCCAGAUGAAAACGAGAGUACAAGUCAACAAACAUUUUCUGAAAGAAAAUAAUCUUUGCCUGCCUUCGAAAAGAGAACAAGAAUGGAGAACAUGGGGCAGGAAAUUUCACAACUGGGAUACUACUGUGGAGAAGGCUCUGGAUCCUGCCUUCAGACAAUGGGGUUUCUUGAAAGAACGUCUCAUCAGAAGCUCUUAUUGCAUGGGAUAGAGCAGGCAUCAGAUAAACAGGGUCUCUAUCAUGUAAAGCGUUAAAUGUCAAAAUGCCAGUUAGGGACCAACUGAUAAUAGCAGAUUCUUUUCAAGGGCCUGGACUAAAUGGCACUUGAGGCUUAAUCCAGCUAAAAGUGGACAAGUUUUAAUUUUCAGACCAUCUGCAGAGUGUGAUAUUUGAUCCAGGCUUAAAAUACAAGGUACCAAACAAGGUCAGCAUUGAACACAGCAACCACUGGGAAAACUUGAUUAUAAGCUGAACAUGAUACGAAAGUGGAGUUUGGUCCUGUUUUCUUCUAGAGUACUAUUUGGUUGUAAAAUGCCUUGGCUGCAGAAUGUAAAUAAAGUGCUCACAUCUGAGCUGUGAUAAAAUACGAGGCACAGAGUUCUCUGGAGAGAGGGUGGGAGAGUGACAAGGAUUGAACAAGUUGUCCCUCCACCUGGAUUCCUUCAAUAUGUUGCUGUGGUGCCACAUGGCAUACCUGUCUGCCCAAAUGUGUUCCAAACUACCCAUUCCGAUCCCUCGCCCUCACUAUGUAACCAGCCUCACCAGUAUCAAAUGGAGAAAAGCCUUUACAUCUCCGUGGCUGCAGUCUAUUCACUCUGCCGUGGUUGAAGGAUGCUUUUGCCAGACCCCCUUAUGAAGAGAUAGUUUGCCCCUGUGGAGGUAAUGUGCAUUUGUAUUCUUUUUCUGCAGCGUUGACAGAAACAAGUAUCAGAUUCAUAUCCCUCUGCCUCCAAAGAUUGAUCCAACUGUUACUAUGAUGCAGGUAAGAACUCUUAUUGCUAUUGGCCUUUGAUUGUUUACCUUUGUAAUCUGACUUCAUUGUAACCUGCUCUUCUUAUUUCAUAAGAUCUGUUAAAAAAAAUUAUUGCAAAUAACAAAGAUGUGUGCACAUCUGUUUUGUUACAAAGGUAGAGGAAAAGCCUGAUGUCACCUACAGUGAUGUUGGAGGUUGUAAAGAACAGAUUGAGAAGCUAAGAGAGGUGGUGGAAACACCCUUGCUUCAUGUAAGUAUUGUAACAGAAAGUGUGUGUGAUCUGCUGAUUUUCUUCCUCUUACAGCUUUCAAGGGCUAAUUGCAUAUACCGCAAGAACCUAAAUUAUUCAGUAGUCAAAAGGCUUUUAAAUCAAUUUACAUUUCAGUUGUCAAGAUUUAGGAUGUUCCUUUUGUUCACCUUUCGAGGAAAGUAUGAAUUGCUUCGUUAGAUCUGACAAAACUUCAUCUAGUCCACUGUUUUGGAAAUUCGUCUUCUAGGCUGCCACAAGCGGGGCACAAAACAAUGCCCUUUUGUCGUCUGUCACAAUAGUAUUAGGGAUUCAGAGAGAUGCUACCCUGUUAGUAUUCUCCUGUGAUCAAGCUGACUGCUUGAAUAGGGCAGUGCUGUCUUUGUGAAAUUGCAGGGAACAUGUACCAUUGAAGGCUUGAAGAAAGGGAAUGGCAAAGGGAAAUGUCUUUAUCUGCUUGCAUUAUUGAAGCUUCAGUGCCUUCCUAUUGGUUUUGCACCGACCCUCUUGUUACACUGCACUGCACAGCUUUCUUGCCACUCGGUCCCUUCUUGACUUGUGCACUACUUUUAAAAUGGAAGAUUUCUUGACAGUUCAUUGAUAGUACUGAAAUUGUACUGCUGUGGCAAGCUUGGGCUCCUGCAGCGCUUUGGCUGCCAUUGGGUCCAGUCUAGGACCCAAAGAUACUGCGUUUCAUCCUGUCUGUGCAACUUUUAAACUUACUGUCUCCCUGCCACUACAGCCAGAACGAUUUGUCAAUCUGGGGAUCGAGCCCCCUAAAGGAGUGCUUCUAUUUGGCCCGCCGGGGACAGGAAAAACUCUCUGUGCUCGUGCUGUUGCUAAUAGGACCGAUGCCUGCUUCAUCCGAGUGAUUGGAUCUGAGCUGGUGCAGAAAUACGUAGGAGAGGUAAUGAAAAGAGGGAGCAUGUCUGUGCAUCUGUACUGGGGGAGGUCAAGUUACCAGAAAGUCUGCUCAAACUAUACUUUAAAUAAUCUAAGUUUUCCUGCAGAGGAGGAUGAGAGUCUUUGCCUUAAUAUUAUACAGUAUGAUUAGAAACCUGGACCUCUUUAUAUAUUUGUUCACUCCUCUGGCAGUUUGGAUCAUAUAGAAUCUGAAGCCUGUUUUUUUAUGUAGGGUAUGUGAGAUACUGUAUGAUGUACAGUAGGCUAUUCUCAUGAGUUGGGACAGCCAGGCACCAGUUAUAUCCUGGAAGGAACUGCAACUAAAAUGAUGUCCCGUAAUGAGCACAGUUUUACCUCUUGGUUCUGUAGAUUCAUUUGGAAGUUUUAAUAUUUACUUUAAAUACUCUUAACUCAAGUGACAGUUGGCUUUAUAUGAAAGUAAACCAUCUGUCUGUCUUUUUAUAGGGUGCUCGAAUGGUUCGGGAACUCUUUGAAAUGGCCAGAACAAAAAAAGCUUGCCUUAUCUUCUUUGAUGAAAUUGAUGCUAUUGGAGGUUGGUAUCACCUUACAUCAGCCUUCACCAAGCUGGUGCCCUUCAGAAACUGGACUACAACUCUUUAUUCUUUAUUUAUUCUUGGCUUAGCACUCAUGGUGCGUUUGGAGAGAAACAAACCACUAGCUCCAGUUUUUACAUAACAAGAAGCCACACCCUGACUUGUUUUUCUAUCUGGUGCAGCAACAGCAGGAGCAGGGAAGCUAGUAAGUGUGGCCUACCACACUGCUCACAUUAAAGCAUAGGUGAAUUUAUCGUUCAAACCAGGUCCCCUUUCUCUAUGUCAGGUUAGUCUGUUUGGAAGACGAUUAGGUAAUAGAAUGGCAGAAGCAACUUGAUAUUUGGCCUCUGUGCUGUGCUACUUCAUGCUGGUCUCUGUAGCACCAGCAAAGAACAAGGAAAAGUAUUUCACAAAAGUAUAUCCUGCUAGUAAUAUCCUUUUUUAAAAAAAAGAAUGUGAUAUUUUGAUUUACUGCAGUAGCCAUAGAUAACAUGGUAAGGGAGUACACAUGAAUUACAUUUUCUUGUUUUGGGGGCAAAGUUAACAAGGGUGCCUUUUGUGUUUCUCCUGCUGUCUCUUUCUAGGGGCUCGCUUUGAUGAUGGGGCUGGAGGGGACAAUGAAGUCCAGCGCACUAUGCUAGAAUUGAUAAACCAGCUUGAUGGCUUUGAUCCAAGAGGCAACAUUAAAGUACUGAUGGCAACCAACAGACCUGAUACUUUGGAUCCAGCACUGAUGAGGCCUGGAAGACUGGAUAGAAAAAUAGAAUUUAGCCUGCCAGAUCUGGAGGUUAGACUAAUUUUAUUUUGAUACUAAGCGAAGUCAAUAAGAACACAUUUAUUAGAACUUGAAGGACUGGAGGUGAGAAUUUUUUCUACUACCUCUCAGAAAAUGGAUUUGAUCAAAUAGUCAUUUUGUACCAUACCUGAUUCUUUCUUGUCAAAAGGAUUCUGGUGGGCAAUUUUAGACCUUUCCUGUCUGUCUUGGUUCUUGCCUGAUUCUAUUUCAAAUUAUGUAUUUGACCUGGUGCUUCUGUCUAGUGACAAAUUCCAAAAGAGUAACUCUGUGUUGUAGCAGUUAACAAAAAGGAAAAUAAUAUUGUAGUCCAGCCCACAAAAGGUCGUAUUGUGCUGUGCUCGUUUUGAAGAUGCCACAGGAUUCUGUCUGCGCUUCCUGUUGUUCUGAGGGGGUGACAUGGACUACAGCAUAGGCAAUAGGAAAGUAUGGCGCCUUAAGGGAAAGUGCAGGUUUUUAUUUCAUAGAAUUGUAGAGUUUGAAAGGUCCACAAAGAUCAUCUAGUCCAAUUUCCUGCAUUGCAGAAAUCUUUCACCCAACAUUUGGCUCUGGGGCUUGAACCCAUGAUCUGUUGAGCAGCUGCUGCCUUCUGCUCACUCAACUGCCCUCUUCCUCUGGAGAAGGGGCAGAUAAGGGAUUAGUGGAGGCUGGUGGGCAAGGAGGUGGUUGCAGAACAGCAGCUCUGGACCUUUCCAAAGUGCUGGAGCCUCAACAGUUGCCUAAGGAUGCAUUCCCCCAUUGUUGUCCCUUCAAAGGACAAAUCAUAUUGGCUGAACAACUGCUUUACUCCCAGGUGCAUCACUAGACAUCAGCGAUGGGGAGUGUCAAGCAGCCCUCCAGGCCUCUCUUUUUGGCCCUCUGGAGUUUCCCCAGGCCACUGGUCUUGCUCUGUACCCUCAAGUGCUUUUUGCUUGACUGGAAUGUGUUUCUGAACUGGGACAACGUCCCUUGCUUGAAUGGGUGGAGGGUGGUGUGGCUUGAAUGUAACAUCUACCAAAUUACGAGUCUGUUGCCCUGCUGACUCUGUCUUUGGCCUUCCCAACACUGAUGUGUAGAUGGCAACAAGGGGAUGAAGCCCUUAUGCUUAGUCUGGCUGUGGUUGUUUUUUUAGGGACGAACUCACAUCUUCAAGAUUCAUGCCCGUUCAAUGAGUGUUGAAAGAGACAUAAGAUUUGAGUUGCUAGCUCGACUGUGCCCUAACAGCACUGGUAAGUCAAACAUCAUAGUUCUUGUUCUCUCUCUCUGUUUGGUGGUGAUAGUUGUUUCAGAUUGUUUUUACAUCCACUGUUCUUCCUUGCAAGGUGCUGAAAUUCGAAGUGUGUGUACAGAGGCAGGUAUGUUCGCCAUCAGAGCAAGGAGAAAGAUUGCCACUGAAAAGGACUUCUUGGAAGCUGUGAACAAAGUAAUCAAGUCAUAUGCCAAAUUCAGUGCUACACCUCGUUAUAUGACUUACAACUGAUUCUAGAUAGCACUGAGAGAUCUCCUUCAUAUGGCUAAUACUACGCAGAGUAAUAUCAAAAGUUCUAGUUUGUGUGUGUGGUGUAACAUAGUUGGACUAGUAGAAAUAAAUGGAAUAUUCCAAGUUA